UCUGGAAACGAACAAUUAUUAGAAGCUUAUGAAAGCAAACAUCUUUGUUUUGCUGUCCAUAAAGCAAUCCAUCACCUUCUCCUAAUACCUUUCUCCUCUUUUAAUCCCACUCUCUUCUUUCUCACUAAGUUUAGCAUCCCUCUCUCCUUCUUCGCUAAGACAUUAGGCUCCGUCCUUCUACAUAUUCGGAAACAGCACAACGCUCUGUUUAUCUAUUUCGAUAGAAAGAAGCCUCAAAGUUUUCAUACCUCUUCAUUCCAACUUACCUAGAGAGAGAGAGAGAGAGAGAUAGAAAGAUGAGUGCUGAUUGGGGGCCGGUUGUUGUUGCAGUUGUUUUGUUCAUCCUCCUGUCGCCCGGGCUGCUAUUCCAACUACCGGCAAGACAUAGGGUGAUGGAGUUCGGAAACAUGUCCACAAGCGGGAUUGCUAUUCUUGUUCAUGCCAUCAUAUACUUCUGCAUAAUCACCAUCUUGAUCAUUGCAAUUGGUAUUCACAUACAUUUCAACUAAUCCAUAUUGUUUGCAGCCACCACCCACAAUUGGAGUAGUUUGUUCUUUUCUUCUUAUAUUGCGAUAUAUUUUCAUCUUUUUGUAAACGAACUCCUUAUUCGGCUUUUCUUCUUCCCUUAUGGCUUAUACUGUGUUCCUAGUUUAACGGUGUAGUGCUACAUGAUUGGUUUGGUUCACAUUCACACUUGACACUGACAUUGUAAGGGAGGAGCAUCUCAAUGAAUUUGCUCGUAGUGAUGCCAAGUUUUCGGUCCAUUAUGUUUAAGUUUUAUAGGAUCACGAACUAAACCUAAUUUUAUGGAAUUGACUUACAAGUUUAAUGAGUAUCAUUGUCAUCCAAGCACGCGUAAAUGUCCUAAGGGGGAAAGUUCUAGAUAAAAACCUACUGUUUCUAUCCGCGCAAUGGAAGCUUAACAAAAUGAAUCCGCUAAGCGUCAACAGAUCCGACUCUGGAAUUUUCCAUAUCAACAACUAGCAAACGGAUUUUUGACACCAAUAAGCCUAGACAUUCAUAGCCUUCUAAACGAGUAGCUAUUCAAAAUUCCGAACACCACUCUAGAUGUCGCAUUCAAAGUUCGAGCGAUAUUCUAAUCUAAUCUAAUUAACCUAAUCCACUGGCAGAAAGAUUCUAAUCCAACUUGGCAACAAGCAAGUAAACAAGUUCAGACUACUAUUCUACAACAUUUAACAAAUAAAGGAACAGUACUUAAAUUGCACCUUAAUUAGUUGGUAAACAGAAUUUAAUUAAAAAAAAAUGGGGUUUCUCAUAUCUCAAACCAGAGCAUAAUUCAUAAGCAAGCAGCUGCAUCUUCUUCUUCGAGUCAGAAAAAAGAUUCGUGCUUUAUAUUUAUAUGGAGCUCAAAAGCAAACAAUACAAGUACUAAGUUACAACAAGCCAGCCCGGAAGAGAGACAGACCAACAUACAUAUGAGAUCCAAAGCGGCGGAGAGUAGCGGUACCGGAUCAACCGGUAUAGAUGUGGACGUGGACGGCCAGGAUGAGAAUGGCGUACAGAGCGAAGAAGAUGAGAGUGUGGACAGCUAUGGCCUUGCCGUUGGUCUUCAUGUGCCCAAACUCCAUCUGCUUGCUGUUUCCCGGUAAGGCGAAGAGCAGCCCCGGUUGCAGCAGGAUGAACAGCACCACCCCUAUAAAUAUUGGGCCCCAGUCCGCCAUUGUUGCGUCCU